AUGGCAUCACAGGAAAAUGAAAAAUUCCUGAUCCGUCGUAUGCACAGCUCAGACAUCCCGAUAUUGGGCAUUUUAGCUGCUACAACCUACUUUAAUUCCCCCCUCACUGCCUUCCUCUGUCCACGUCGUCAUGAAUACCCUGAGCAUGUCAUCCGUAACUUUGUCCAGAUGAUCCAAGGCCGCUACCUCAACCCUCGAAGCAUUGGCUUUGUAGCCGUGGAGCGCGCCAGCCCAUCCACUCCUGUAGCCUAUGCGCAGUUCAUUCGACUAGGUAAUGACCAGUCUGCAUUGCAAUUGCUCUCCGAUCAACGCUCCAUCUGGCGUUUACUGCAAGCAUGGUGGUUCAAGAUUCAAGUAUCGGUUGUGAAUCUCUUUUCACCUGAUCGGUCUGUCAAUCAUGAUGCUCUGGAUGCGUUUAUGGAAUCAGCUAAGCGGGAUGAGCAACUGUACUGGGAGUCUCCAGAGAUGAAGAUCAAAUAUUCGAACCGGUGGCAUGCGCAAAGCGUGGUGGUAUCCUCGUCCUAUCAUCGACAAGGAAUUGGACGGCGACUGAUGGAAGAGGUACUAGGAAGAGCGCAGGAUGAAGGGGUGGUAGUAGGAUUAGAAGCAAGUGAAGAUGGGGAGAAGCUCUAUCAGAAGCUGGGAUUUGAGCUACGGGGUUUAUUCUCUAUGAACAUUGGUCUACCAGCUGGAGGGAUCAUGAUGUGGACUCCGGAAAGGUGA